GAAGUCUAUUUUACAAACCAGUCGAAUGAAAAUAAUACUCAACGAAAAUUCGUGCUCAACGAAAUGAACCAGUCGAAUAAGCAAGCAAGAAAUGAUAGUCUUUCGAAAAUAUUAUUUCAAAAGCGAUAAUUUUUUUUCCAACUUAGAUUUUUUUAUCCAUAAAACCCCAAUGGAUGCUGAGAAAGUCCUACAGCUGAUUUUUGAUGAUAGCGAGAGCGACGAAGAGGAGUUACAAGGCGAGCUUUUUCAAGGCAGGAACGGCAACGACGACGAGCGGGAGAGAAGCGCUAGCAGCAGUGAGGAGGACGAUGGAGAAGACGAUCCACUUGGGCCUAGACAGCAACGAAUGGUGGACAGAUUCGAAUGGAAGGAUCGUGCUUAUGACGAUGCUUGGUUAGAAAGUGACGUAAAACUCAGUUGAAGUGAGCGAUCUCUAAAAACGUCAAAAAAAGUGCAGUUCUGCAAAAUUAAUCCGGCUGCGAAACUAUAGUAUUAUCAGGAAAUUUGGUAAGCUAUCUUAAGGUGUA